AUGUCAGUUGGGCCUUGGGGAGGCCAAGAUGGAUAUCGUUGGGAUGAUGGUGUACAUUCUGGCAUAAGACAGUUGGUGAUUGCUCAUGGAGCUGUCAUCGACUCCAUUCGGAUUGAGUAUGAUGAUAAAGGAACCUCAGUAUGGUCAGAGAAGCAUGGUGGCAGUGGAGGCCCCAAAACUGAUCAAGUCAAGCUUGACUACCCUAAUGAAUAUCUGACAUCAAUCCAGGGCCACUAUAGUAGCUUGAAUGAACGGGGACCAGUUUCCAUUCGUUCGCUUUCUUUCACAAGUAACAAGAAGACUUAUGGACCGUAUGGAAUUGAACAAGGGACAUGCUUCUCGUUUCCAAAGAUUGGGGGAAGAAUUGUUGGAUUCCAUGGCAAGUGUGGUUGGUAUCUUGAUGCCUUGGGAGCUUACCUAGAGCCUCACCUCCCGAGGACAAACCCUUUAAAUCCUAUAGUUCAGUCUCAUUGUUUUGCUAGUGGGACAGAGAGUUAUGGAUACUCUGUAGUACAAGGAAGUCUAGGCAACAACUAUGAUGUCAUUCUUGCUUUUAGACAGAAGAACGAGUACAGUUAUCAACCGCCAAAUAAUUAUGGUUAUCCAUCGCCAAAUAAUUAUGGUUAUCAAUUGCCAAAUAAUCUCCCGAGGCAAAGCUCUGGUUCUGAAGAGUCCAGUGAUUCAGAUUCAGAUGCUAAGGUGUCUAGGGCUCGUAUCCUUUCCAAACCCAUCAAGAAGUACCCGUCAGAUCUUGAUAAACGCAUCAUUACAUAUGGAGCCUGGGGGGGCAACGGUGGCACCAUGUUUGAUGAUGGAGUCCACACAGGUGUUAAACAAAUUCUUUUAUCACGCAAUGUGGGAAUAGUUUCAAUAAGAGUUCAGUAUGACCAAGACGGGGAAGAUAUUUGGGGAAGCAAAAAUGGAGGGACUGGUGGAUUCAAGUCUGAAAGGAUAACUUUCGACUAUCCCUGUGAAAUCUUGACGCAUAUAUCAGGAUACUAUGGACCUGCAAUGAUUAUGGGGCCAACUGUGAUCAGGUCUCUCUCAUUCCAUACUACAAAGACUAAGUACGGACCAUUCGGAGAGGAACAAGGUCAACACUUCACCACCAACUUAAAGGAAGGUAAGAUUGUUGGAUUCCAUGGGAGGAAAGGCUUGUUUCUUGAUGCCAUUGGCGUCCAUGUGAUGGAAGGGAAAGUGACACUGGCCAUAAGGCAACCUUCCGACCCUUAUAGUGAAGAUGAAAAAAUCAAAGGGAAAGUAACAUCGCCAACUUUGCUAUUGCCGGCACGUCCUCCAUCCAAUCCCUCUGGUCAAAGUGAAGUGUCAAUGCUACCAUCGCCAGUACGUCCUUCGUCAUCAAUUCCGACUAGCCAAAGUGAAGUACCUGCUAAUGAUACUGAUAAACCGCGCUGGUCUAGUAGACUAGCUCUACCAAGGCGAGCACAUAGGCCUACUGAUGAGGUGGUACAACGGGUUGUGAAAGAGCCAGCUUUAUGUGAGACAGGACCGUGGGGUGGAGAGGGAGGGAGGCCAUGGGAUGAUGGAGUGUUUUUGGGGAUCAAGCAAAUCUACCUAACCAGAAAUGAGGCCAUAUCUUCAAUACAAAUUGAGUAUGAUCUAAAUGGACAAUCCGUUUGGUCUGUAAAACACGGAGGCGAUGGUGUGGGGACUCCAACUGCGAUUAAACUGGACUAUCCCCAUGAAGUGCUUACCUGCUUAAGCGGAUUUUAUGGACCCAUCAAUGGAGAUUAUGGACCAAGGGUGAUAAAGUCUCUCACAUUUACUACCAGCAGAAAAAAGUAUGGUCCGUAUGGAGAGGAAGUGGGUACUUUUUUCUCUUCCAUCAAAACGGAAGGGAAGGUGGUGGGCUUCCAUGGGAGGGGCAGCAUCUACUUGGAUGCCAUUGGAGUCCACAUGCAGCAC